UUGGACAUGAGUCUGUUUGAAAUAUAUACAAUUAAAAAGAAAAGUAACAUAUAUAUAUAUAUGUAAUGCAUUAUUUUAGAAAUAUCUUUAUAAAAGUGAAACCGCGAAUCCCCACCGUCAUUCACUUUUUUUUAUUCUUUUUUUUUUUGGGCAACUUAUUCCCUCUGACUUGGCCACUACUCUAGAAACCACCGGAACUCUCUGGAAUUUCCAGUGGUACACAAGUGUGAGAUUCCAAUCUUAACCUUUUCCUGUUUCAACCUUUGGUCUACUGUUGUCUUGACUCCUUGAGGACUAGGUAAAUGUUAUCCACGUAAUUUCAGCUGUCUUUGUACAAAAGUUUCUUGACUGACCGACUUUCCUUUUUAAUAUAUAUAUAUAUAUCCCAGAUCUGUGCAAUCUUCAAUGGUCAAAUAUUUCAGUGUUUAAGUGUAUUUUUCUCAGAUUGAAUUUGCUUCUGAUGGAGAGAGGAAGGAGUGGCUAUGGCAGAGGGAGAGGAGGAAGAGGCGGAGGAAGAAGUGGAGGAUAUGCCGGUGGCGAUGGCCGAGGUGGCGGUGGUAGAGGAAGAGGUUUCGGUCAUCAACAACAACAGCAUCAUUAUCAGCAUCAGCAACAACGUCGUGAAUACAGCCAGCAAUGGGCGAGUGGUUCCAGUGGCGGCGUUCACCAACAAUAUGGGCAUAAUCAGCAUCAGCAUCAGCAUCAGAACCAGCAGCAACAGAGCGGUUCUUGGAGGUGGCGAACUGCAGAUCCGAUGACCCAGGUUGAGACUGUACGCUCUCCUAUCGGUUCGAGCGCGGCUGGUGGGGGAGGUGGCCAUGGUAGAGGAAGAAGUGGCGAACCUGCAACUGCCCCUGCUCCGGUGGUUCAGUACCAGACACCUUCUUCUUCCGCUGGAAAUUCAGACAAACUUAUUCCAGUAAAAGAACCAGAUUCAUGCAAAAUUGUACCAGUGAAACGCCCUGACAAGGGUGGCAGGAAUGCCAUACGAACUGCAAGGCUUCUUGUUAAUCAUUUUCCUGUCAAUUACAGUCCAGAGAGUAUUAUAAGGCACUAUGAUGUUGAUAUCAAACCAGAGGUGCCUCCUGAGAAUGGCCAGCCUGUGAAGAUAAAUAAGGAUGAUCUUUCUAUGAUCAGGAACCAAUUAUCCUCUGACUAUUCUUUGGAGAUUCCUUUGUCAAUGACUGCUUAUGAUGGUAAGAAGAAUAUAUUCAGUGCAGUGGAAUUGCCAACUGAAUCAUCGUUCAAAGUGGAGGUUUCUAAAAGUGAAGGUACAAUGGCACGUUCUUACAUAAUUACCUUAAAGCUUGUAAAUGAGCUCAGGCUGUCCAAGUUGUCCGAUUACUUAAGUGGAUCCAUCGCGUCGAUCCCUCGUGACAUACUGCAAGGGAUGGAUUUGGUAAUGAAGGAGAAUCCGACUAGGAAUAUGAUUUCAGUUGGGAGGAAUUUUUAUCCCACUGAACAUGAUACUCGAGAUGACCUUGGACGUGGAAUUGCUGCAUUUCGAGGCUUCCAGCAUAGCCUAAAGCCCACCUGCCAAGGUUUGGCCUUGUGUCUGGACUACUCGGUUCUGGCAUUUCGUAAGCGUAUGCCAGUUAUAGAUUUUCUCAAUGAGCAUAUAAGAGGUUUUGAUAUAAACGAUUUUUUGAAGUUUAGGAGAGAAGUUGAAAAAGUGUUGAGGGGUCUUAAAGUUUAUGUGACUCAUCGUAGAAUCAAACAAAAGUAUACCAUAAGUGGUUUGACCAAAGACAUCACAAGAGAUUGUGAAUUUGAUGUUCAAGACCCAGAUGGUAGGAAGCCACCAGAGAUAAUUCGACUUGUUGAUUAUUUCAGGGAUAGAUAUAACAAGGAUAUUGAAUACAAAGGCAUUCCCUGCUUGGAUUUAGGAAAAAAGCGUUAUGUACCAAUGGAGUUGUGUGAACUUGCUGAGGGUCAAAGGUAUCAGAAGGAGCAUUUGGAUCGAAAUGCAGCCAUCAUGUUGAAAAACAUUUCAUUGCCUUCGCCAAGGGAUAGAGCGAACAUGAUCUGCAACAUGGUACGGUCGGAAAUUGGACCUUGCGGUAGUGAUACCACUCGAAAUUUUGGUUUUGAAGUCAACAUGAAUAUGACAUCAGUAACAGGGCGCAUAAUUAAGCCGCCUGAAUUGAAGCUAGGUUCUCGUAAUGGCGAGAUGACAAUAACAGUUGACAAUGAGAAAUGUCAGUGGAACCUCGUCGGAAAGUCAGUAGUGGAAGGAAAACCGAUUCGGAGGUGGGCUAUACUAGACUUUAGCAGCAAUUCUGAUCCACGAUCCAAACUAUACCCUGCUCAAUUUGUUCCAAAAUUUAUCAAUCGCUGCAAAAGCUUGGGUAUUGAAAUGGAGGAGCCUCUCUUUUAUAAACCCACCUCAAUGAAUAAUUUCUCUAAUCUUAAUUCGCUUCGUAAGCUUCUUGAAAGCACCUAUGAACAGGCUUGUAAGAUGAAAAAUGGUGAUUUACAAGUUCUUCUUUGUGUAAUGUCUGAAGAACAUCGCGGUUACAAUUAUCUCAAGUGGAUCUCUGAAACCAAGAUUGGUAUUAUGACACAAUGUUGUUUGUCUAGCCCUGCAAACAAGGCAAAUGAUCAGUAUUUAGCCAAUCUGGGUAUCAAGAUCAAUGCCAAGCUUGGAGGUAGCAAUGUGGAGUUAAGUGAGAGUCUUCCCCUCCUCGAGGGUGCUGGCCAUACCAUGUUUCUGGGCGCUGAUGUCAAUCAUCCUGGUUCUCGGACCCCAACUAUCCCAUCAAUAGCAGCUGUUGUUGGCUCUAUGAAAUGGCCUGCUGCAAAUCGUUAUGCUGCAAGAAUUGGACCCCAAGACAACAGAUGUGAGAAGAUUCUGCAUUUUGGGGAUAUGUGUUGGGAGCUUGUUGAAACUUAUGAGCAACAAAAUAAAGUCAAGCCAGAAAAGAUUAUUGUCUUUCGAGAUGGAGUUAGUGAGGGCCAAUUUGAUAUGGUUCUCAAUGAAGAGUUGCAGGACCUGAAGAGGGUAUUUCGAACUAGAGGCGGCUACUGUCCUAGCAUAACACUUAUUGUUGCUCAGAAGCGACAUCAAACUCGAUUGUUUCCAAGAAGUAGACAGGAUGGAAGUUCCACCGGCAACGUGUCCCCAGGAACAGUUGUGGACACAACAAUUGUGGACCCAUUUGGGUAUGACUUCUAUCUUUGCAGUCACCAUGGGGGCCUUGGUACAAGCAAGCCUACUCACUACCGCGUACUCUGGGAUGAUCACAAGUUUACUUCUGAUCAGCUGCAAAAACUCAUCUAUGAUAGGUGCUUCACUAUGGCUCGUUGCACGAAACCUGUGUCUUUGGUCCCACCGGUAUACUAUGCUGAUCUUGCUGCUUAUAGAGGGCGACUCUAUCAUGAAGCGGCGAUGAUGGAAGGACAGUCUCCAACAGCAGCAGCUUCAAUGGGCGUCUUCAAAUUGCAUCCUCGCCUGGAAAAUGAAAUGUUUUUCAUUUGACAGGCCAUAUCAUGAAAACUUUCAGCUUCUUCGUCUUUGUGCAAAGGUGAAAAAGAUUUGUUUAAAACACGUGCCUGGAUGCGUAUCCAACCUUCUUUUCUACAGUCUAGUAAAGGAGUUUGUGCGUGAAUCUAAUGUUUGUUUUUUGCGUCGACAAGUAAUGGUUUGAUAAUUUCAUCAGCAGAUUUACUAAGGAAAUAUUUGUUUUCCAUGUCAUCUUCUUCGUCUAUGGAUGAAAACGAAGAAGCCUGUUAACAGAUUCUAUCUCCUUUUAUACAGUUUGUGAGUUAUUCAGUGUUUAAUUGGUGUUUGGUGCGAACAUGUUAUGUUUGUUAAUUUGGUACCUUAUUUAGGCCUUCCCGGUUGGAGGCAAGUUGCGCUUUAGUUGGAUGUGUGUUUGAAGGUUGUUUGUUUAUUGGACGAUGUGUUUUAUGUUUUAUUUUUUGAAAUGGUUUGAUUGUUUGUACUUUGUUAAUUUAAUUUCCACAUCUUCUAUGAACUUGAUGAUUUUACGCUUUUGCUUUUAUUUUCUGAAUAAAUUGCCUCUGGUUUCCUUUA